UUUACAUAUUAAGUAUGGAACUUGUGUACAAUACAGGAAUAAUUUUUUCUAUUGUUCUCUACUUAAUGCUUCUGUGUUACAGGUAUGCUGUUGGGAGAAAGGAGAAAAGUUCAUUACCCACCAACUGGCCUAUUCUUGACAUGAUUCCGGCGCUGCUCAAAAACAUUGACCGAUUGCACCAGUUUAAAACAGAGUUAUUAGAGCAGAGUGGGGGCACGUACAUGUUCAAAGGCCCCUGGUUUAGCAACACAGACAUGCUCUUCACCUGUGAUCCUGCCAACAUCCACCACGUUUUCAGCAAAAAUUUCUCAAACUAUCCAAAGGGUCCUGAAUUCAGGAAGAUUUUCGAAAUCUUGGGAGAUGGGAUUUUCAAUGCUGAUUUUGAACUCUGGGAAAUUCACAGGAGAACGACUAUUUCUCUGUUGACUCAUUCCAAAUUCCACAGUUCCCUGGAAAGUACUGUUUGGGGAAAGGUGGAAACCGGGCUCCUCCCUGUUCUUGCCUCCUUCUGUAAACAGGGAGCUGAAGUUGAUUUGCAAGAUAUUUUCCAAAGGUUUACUUUCGAUAAUAUUUGCAAGGUUGUGCUGGACUUUGACCCCAGCAGCUUGUGCGUCGAAUUGCCUCACAUUCCUUGUGAAAAGGCGUUCAGUCAUUCGGUGGAACCCCUGCUGCUUCGACACAUAGUCCCUGAAAGCAUUUGGAAGCUGCAAAAACGGCUGAAAAUCGGCAGUGAGAAGCAGCUAAUGGAAGCAUCUCAGAAUUUCGACGAUUUCAUCUAUCCGCUUAUUAGCUUGAAGAACGGAGAGCAAGAGAAUGAUACUAAUCUAUUGACAGUUUUCAGGAAGGUGUAUGAAGAAAAACAUGUUGGUCCUUCCAGCGGUCUAAGAGACUUCUUGAAGGACACGUCCCUAAGUUUGAUAUUUGCAGGCAGAGACACAACGAGUACUUGUCUUACAUGGCUUUUCUGGCUAAUUGCUAGAAACCCUUUGACGGAAACCAAGAUUCUGGAGGAGAUCCACACCGUAUUGCACUUAAAGGAGGAUAAGAAAUGGCGGCGCUUCAAUGUCGAAGAGUCCCACAAGCUAAUUUACCUGCACGGAGCGUUGUGCGAGUCUCUCAGGCUAUUUCCUCCCGUAGCUCUGGAGCACAAGGCUCCAACUAAACCUGAUAUUCUCCCGAGUGGUCAUUACCUCCCUGCAAAUGCGAAGCUGAUAUUUUCUUUCUAUUCAGUGGGAAGAAUGGAGACAGUGUGGGGAAAAGAUUGCUUAGAAUUCAGGCCUGAUAGGUGGAUUGCGCCUGGAGGAAGAAUCAAACACGAACCAUCUUACAAGUUUCCAGCUUUCAACGUUGGACCAAGAACCUGUCUGGGUAAAGAAAUGGCUUUCAUUCAGAUGAAAAUGGUGGCCGCUGCUAUCAUAUAUCAUUACCGCAUUGAGCUUGUGGAGGGGAAUCAGGUGUCUCCUCGUGUCUCAAUCAUACUUCAGGCCAAACCUGGAUUGAAGGUCAGGUUAACCAAAAGAGAUAUCUGAUCUUCGAGGAAUGGCCAUUGCGACGUGUUCUGUAUAUUUCUUGGCGGUAAGAAUCGGGUGUCAUAAAGACAGGGGUGAUGUCUCAAGAAUGCGUGUGUUUGUAAUGAUUUUGUGAAGUUCAAUUCUAUCAAAUGUGUGUCUAAUGCAAUUUUACCCAUUUGUAAUAUUGUAAAUAAAUAAAUUAUCCUCUUAUAAAAAGAAUAAUAAUUUAUCUCUCA